AUGUCGACUAUAGUUCUGUUGGUUAUUCUCAGCGUUAUUGGAUCUGUCGUUGAAUCAAAACUCUCUGCUCAUGAACAAUGCGUUCGACUCAAACACCUCUACAGCCAAAUUCCAAGUGCGAUAGCGUUGGUUACGGAUGAGCUCUGUGCGUCACCAGCUGCUACUAUGCAAUGUGUUUUGAUGGGAAAACUUUCAUUGGAAUACAGUCGUGAACGUGUCAUGGAGCUCCGAUUCAAGAGCGAUUGUCUCCCAUCGGACAGCACAGAAUUGGCGACAACAGAAGAAUUGUGCGCCAUACUCGAUAGCCUUCCUGCACAAUCUGUGAAGCUGGCUACGAAAAUCUUCUCAAAGACUCCAGAAAAGCAAUUAGCACAGCGAUUUGGUGCAACUGUCACAAAAGCUCUCUACGUUUUGACGAAUAAAAUCUACAUGGAAUUGUCAUGUGAUAAAGCGAUCUGA